AUGACUACCAUGACGAGUACCAUGCCCUCGACACGGAAUGCACUCCGUGUGGACACGCGAGGGCCGACGUCACGGAAACCACUCCCAAAGGUACAACCGACGGCGCCAAUCCGAAACUCGAGCGGCGGUAGGAAGAGCAUCGACCGUACCAGUCAACACGCAAACAAAGUUACCAGCCAGACACAGAUGUCGUCGUCGGCACAGACAAAGCAGGAAGAGAUGGACUCUACAUUGGCGCAACUCAAAGCAACCUUGUCUCGCUUCACCCGCUCCAACAACCGCAAACUCGUUCUGCAAACACUCCACAAUUAUCGGUACCUCAAAUGCAUCCCUCUCGAGAGCUUGCCGGUCGCCCCUUCGUCGCAAGCUGCCUGGCAAGAACUGGAAACACAGGUGUGCGCUCGGCCAUUGAUUCUCAAUCAGCUACAACUCGCACCGACCAACGAACUUACCACCACCCUCUACAGCCUCUGUGAGAAACUCUGUACGGAUCUCCCCAUUACAGCCGCUUCCGUCUGUUCUUCGAUUAUUGUCAAAAUCAACCAGGACAGUGCUGCCACGGAUGUCUACUUCCAGCUCAACGCGAUUCUCGGAUCACAAGAGUUGAUUCUCCAGCAACCGCCUUCGUUGGCACACACGAACAAUACGAAAGUAACCGGCAACGCUCCCAAACAAACACCCACACAACUGGACUUGUACAAGGCCGACGGAGUCCUGCAUGGACGCCUCACCCACCGACUAGCCGUGGGAGUCUUUCGCAAGUCGGAUCUCUCGAACAGUAAGCCCUGGUUUUGGCUCACGGCAACCGUGAUGGAACGCUUCAACGUGUCCACCGGAACCUCUUGCCGGCAAGUGUUCGUACACGUACCCGCCUUUUAA